CUAUUGAGUAUCUUGAGACUCACCACAAUAAGAUUUGGUAUAGAUGUGGCUUUGGUGUGGACAGUAAGGUUGAUUAUCUCACUAACAACAUUUCUGAAAGUUUUAAUAAGCAAAUCAAAGAUUUAAAAGGCCUCAAUUUGUGUGAGCUACUAGACAGAAUUAGAGAGCUAAUAAUGGUGAAGUUCAACGUGAGGAGGCAUGUUGGUAGGCAUUUGGCCGGUUUAGUCCUGCCUCAAGUUCUCAAAAUGCUCAAUGCACUUAGCAAAACAAUUGGGCCACAUAAAGUUGCAUGGAAUACUGAACAUGAGGCAGAAAUUACACUAUAUGAUGUGAAAGCAUAUGACCAGCGGCACACAGUUAAUCUGCAGCAGAGAACAUGCUCAUGUCGGAAAUUUCAAAUUUCUGGAAAGCCUUGUAUUCAUGCAUUAACAUUCAUUUGUUCAAUGAGGGGCGCCAAGAUCGAGAGCUUUGUUGAUGAUUAUUACAGUGUGGCAAAGUUUAGGGCUGCUUAUGCUGGGGCACUGCCGACCAUGACUGAUAAGACACAAUGGGAGCAAGUCGAUCUUGGCUUCCUAGUUAACCCACCUAUACAAGAGAAAAGGCCAGCAGGGAGGCCUAGGGUUCAAAGAAUUAGAGGUUUCCUUGAAGACCCGGGCAGGAAAGUGGUGAAAUGCAAAAAAUGUGGUCGUAAGGGCCACUUUCAGAAAACUUGCAACUUGCCUCCAGAAAUUAUUGCUGAAGCAGCACAAGAGCACACUCCUGAUGCUUCUAUGGAAACUAAUGCUGAAGCAGCACAAGAGCACACUCCUGAUGCUUCUAUGGAAACUAAUGUUGAAGCAGCACAACAUCACACUCCAUCUAAAAGAAAGAGAGAUGCCAAUGCAACCGAGGAGGUAAAUGUAGAAGAUGAUGAACCUAUAGCCAAUUAUAAAAGACAGAAGACGCCAACAAAGAAGAAGACGCCAACAAAGAAGAAGACGCCGGUGAAGAAGAAGACGCCGGUGAAGAAGACGCCGGUGAAGAAGAAGACGCCGGUUAAGAAGAAAGCACCGGUCAAGAAGAAGAAGACGCCGGUUAAGAAGAAGACCCCGGUCAAGAAAUCAGCUGAACAAAAGGGAAACAACAAGCAAACUCAAGGUGCUGGAAAGAAACCUACAGGGAAGAACAAGAAGGUGAUUGUUACACCAUCUAUUACUGAUGCUGUACUCAAUCCAACUUUAGGAGCCAAGAGAAGUCUGCUUUGGUGGCUUGGGGGAGAUUCUGAUGCAUCUGCUGCUCCACCUCCGGCAGAUAUGCCAUCUGAUGCUCCACCUCCUUGUAAUUUGUUGUGAACCCUGUUUGUAAUCUGGAGCAUCGUAUGUGUGUGUGUGAUGUUUAAACUGGAUCAUGUGUUUGUGUGUGUCUGAUGCUCAA